AUGGCCCACCCAUCCCCCUCCGCUGCGAACGAGAGCACCCUCCAGCAACAAGUGAUGUCACGCAGUGUUCCCGAUGCCUUAAUCGAGCAGACUACCACUGUCAAUCCUCGACCUGGCGCCGGCGGCACUACGACUUCCGGCCUGGUGAUUUCUGUCGGAGUCAGUCAUACCUGGCAUUAUGGCAGCCCCACCGCUACAGUUGCCGUCCAGAUCCCUACUGGAGUCAAUGAGACGCCCACGGUUGCGGUCCAAAUUCGCAACAAGCCAAAGCGCAGACGCAGGAAGAGACCGGAUAAGGCGGCCAGGAGGGCCCGAUUGGCCGCUGGGCGGACCAACUCUCUGGACCCUACCCCCGCAGCCGUGAAAACGGAGGAUACUGAUGAGAAUAUAAAGCGUGCGGCGCCGUGA